GGGCGGAGCCCGGGGCGGGGGGCGGGAGCCGCCCGUCGGUGCGUGCCGGCGUCCAUGAAGCGCGGCCGCGUUGCGGCGCAGCCGGGGCUGGUGCCGGCGCGCUGAGCGCCCGCGGAGGCUGCCCAGCGGCGAGCAGGGCUGCCGGGCACCAUGCAGAAGAGCGUGCGGUACAACGAGGGGCACGCCCUGUACCUGGCGCUGCUGGCCCGCAAGGAAGGCACCAAGCGGGGCUACCUGAGCAAGAAGACGGCGGAAACCAACCGCUGGCACGAGAAGUGGUUCGCCCUCUACCAAAACGUGCUCUUCUACUUCGAGGGCGAGCAGAGCUCUCGGCCCGCCGGCAUGUACAUGCUGGAGGGUUGCAACUGCGAGAGGGUGGCGGCUCCCAAGGGCUGCGCCGCCGGCAGCGCCAAGGAUGCUGCGCUGGACAAGCAGCAUUACUUUACUGUUCUUUUUGGCCAUGAAGGGCAGAAGCCACUGGAGCUCCGUUGCGAGGAUGAAGUUGAUGGAGAUGAAUGGGUAGAAGCUAUUCACCAAGCUAGUUAUUCAGAUAUUUUGAUUGAAAGGGAGGUGUUAAUGCAGAAGUACAUUCACCUUGUCCAGAUUGUAGAGACUGAAAAGAUUGCUGCCAAUCAGCUUCGGCAUCAGCUUGAAGAUCAAGACACAGAAAUUGAAAGACUUAAGUCUGAGAUUAUAGCCCUCAAUAAAACAAAAGAAAGAAUGCGACCUUAUCAAGGCAACCAGGAGGAUGAGGAUCCAGAUAUUAAAAAAAUUAAAAAGGUCCAGAGCUUUAUGCGGGGCUGGUUAUGUAGAAGAAAAUGGAAGACUAUUGUCCAGGAUUAUAUUUGCUCUCCCCACGCAGAAAGUAUGAGAAAAAGGAAUCAAAUAGUUUUUAACAUGGUGGAGGCUGAAUCUGAAUACGUGCAUCAACUUUAUGUUCUUGUGAACUGUUUUCUGCGUCCCUUAAGGAUGGCUGCAAGUUCAAAGAAGCCACCUAUCAGUCACGAUGAUGUUAGUAGCAUUUUCCUAAACAGUGAAACAAUCAUGUUCCUUCAUGAGAUAUUUCACCAGGGCUUAAAAGCAAGAAUAGCUAAUUGGCCUACCUUAAUCCUAGCUGACUUAUUUGACAUUCUGCUGCCAAUGCUGAACAUAUAUCAAGAAUUUGUACGAAAUCAUCAAUAUAGUCUACAAGUACUGGCAAACUGUAAGCAAAACAGAGAUUUUGACAAACUCUUGAAGCAAUAUGAAGCCAACCCAGCAUGUGAGGGGAGGAUGCUGGAAACUUUCCUUACUUACCCCAUGUUUCAGAUUCCUAGAUACAUUAUAACACUUCAUGAACUUCUGGCUCACACACCACAUGAACAUGUUGAGCGAAAAAGCCUUGAAUUUGCUAAAUCUAAACUAGAAGAACUUUCAAGGGUGAUGCAUGAUGAAGUGAGUGACACAGAAAACAUCCGGAAGAAUCUAGCCAUAGAAAGAACGAUAGUAGAAGGCUGUGAUAUAUUACUAGAUACCAGCCAAACUUUUAUACGCCAAGGUUCCCUCAUUCAAGUCCCUUCAGUUGAGAGAGGAAAACUGAGUAAAGUUCGCCUGGGAUCAUUAUCUUUGAAGAAAGAAGGAGAAAGGCAGUGCUUCUUAUUUACAAAACAUUUUUUAAUAUGUACACGAAGUUCAGGAGGAAAACUGCAUCUUCUCAAGACAGGAGGUGUUCUGUCUUUAAUAGAGUGCACUCUGAUUGAGGAGACAGAUGCGAGUGAUGAUGAUUCAAAAGGCUCUGGACAGGUGUUUGGACACCUUGACUUCAAGCUUGUAGUGGAACCUACAGAUGCUCCUCCUUUUACUGUUGUCCUUUUAGCCCCAUCACGACAGGAGAAAGCUGCAUGGACAAGUGAUAUAAGUCAGUGCAUUGAUAAUAUAAGGUGCAAUGGUUUAAUGACCAUAGUGUUUGAAGAAAACUCUAAAGUCACGGUGCCACAUAUGAUCAAAUCUGAUGCUCGUCUUCAUAGAGAUGACAUUGAUAUCUGCUUCAGCAAAACACUGAAUUCCUGCAAAGUACCCCAAAUCCGUUAUGCAAGCGUCGAGCGUCUUUUGGAGCGGCUAACAGACUUGCGGUUUCUGAGUAUUGAUUUCCUGAACACCUUCCUGCAUACUUACCGCAUAUUUACUACCGCAGCUGUUGUACUAGAAAAACUUUCAGACAUAUACAGACGGCCAUUCACUUCCAUUCCCGUCAGGUCUUUGGAGUUAUUCUUUGCUACCAGUCAAAACAACAGAGGCGAGUACUUAGCUGAUGGGAAGUCACCACAUCUCUGUCGCAAGUUUUCUUCCCCUCCUCCGCUGUCACUGUCCAGAACUUCCUCACCUGUCAGAACCCGAAAACUGUCGUUGACCUCACCACUGAAUUCAAGGAUUGGUGCCCUUGACCUCUCUACUUCAUCUGUGGCAAGCAGUCCUACCUCGACAUACAGCCCAGCCACCUCCCCGCCACCAACGGGUAGCAAAGUACCGCUGGACCUUAGCAAAGGGCCCUCCUCUCCAGAGCAAAGCCCUGGCUCCAUAGAGGACAGCUUAGAGAACCCUCGCGUUGACCUCUGUAACAAGCUGAGGAGAAGCAUUCGACGAGCAGCAGUUCUAGAAUCUGUAUCAGUGGACCGGACAAUUCCUGAAAGCAGCUCAGCAGUGGACACCACAGAGCUUUCGCCGUGUAGAUCCCCUUCAACACCACGUCAUCUCCGCUAUCGUCAACCAGGAGUACAAACUGCUGACAACAGCCACUGUUCGGUUUCUCCUGCUUCUGCUUUUGCUAUUGCUACAGCUGCAGCAGGGCACGGGAGUCCACCAGGAUUUAACAAUUCUGAACGCAUGUGCGACAAAGAGUUCAUAAUACGCAGAGCAGCCACGAAUCGUGUCCUGAAUGUCUUGCGCCACUGGGUCUCCAAGCAUUCUCAGGAUUUUGAGCUGAACAAUGAGCUGAAAAUGAAUGUGUUAAAUUUGCUGGAAGAAGUUUUGAGAGACCCUGAUCUUCUGCCACAAGAAAGAAAAGCUACCGCAAAUAUACUGAGGGCUCUGUCUCAGGAUGAUCAAGAUGAUACCCAUUUAAAAAUAGAGGAUAUCAUUCAGAUGUCAGAUUGCCCAAAACCAGAGUGCUUUGAGACUUUGUCGGCCAUGGAGCUUGCAGAGCAAAUAACUCUUUUAGAUCACGUAGUUUUCCGAAGCAUACCAUACGAAGAGUUUCUUGGGCAGGGCUGGAUGAAAGUGGAUAAAAAUGAGAGGACACCCUAUAUUAUGAAAACUAGUCAACAUUUUAAUGAUAUGAGUAACCUUGUUGCCUCCCAAAUCAUGAAUUACGCUGAUGUCAGCUCCCGGGCUAACUCCAUUGAAAAGUGGGUAGCAGUAGCUGAUAUCUGUCGAUGUAUGCACAAUUAUAAUGGUGUGUUAGAAAUCACAUCAGCCUUGAACAGAAGUGCAAUCUACAGACUGAAGAAAACUUGGGGUAAAGUAUCCAAACAGACAAAAGCUCUCAUGGACAAGCUUCAGAAGACUGUAUCAUCUGAAGGAAGAUUUAAAAAUCUUCGAGAAACGCUCAAAAAUUGUAACCCCCCUGCCGUUCCCUACCUUGGAAUGUACUUGACAGACCUGGCAUUUAUUGAAGAAGGAACACCGAACUUCACUGGGGAAGGCCUUGUCAAUUUUUCCAAAAUGAGAAUGAUCUCACACAUUAUCAGGGAAAUACGCCAGUUCCAGCAGACCUCCUACCGCAUAGAGCAUCAGCAGAAGGUCACUCACUAUUUGCUUGACAAGACGCUCAUCAUAGAUGAAGAUACCUUGUAUGAGCUUUCCCUAAAGAUUGAACCCAGACUCCCUGCCUGAAGAGCCAGCUUCGCUUCAGAGUCUACAGAAUGCUUUAAUACAAUUAACAAAAUCGUGCAUGCCAAGUCCUAAAGACAGCAAGGGAAAUAUUGAGAAGAAUGCAAGCUCUGUUUUCCAAUGAGAUACAGAGCCUCACAGCAUUUCCCUCUCAGGCAAUGAAAAUGAGCAUUGGAAGACAAAGAUGCUUCCUACAUGGAUUAAGUGAUUGCUGCUUUGCAAAGAUGUUGUUUUGCAGUAGAGACUGUGCAUUUAAUGGAAAACAGGAGAUUUUCCUGUGAACAGGUACUCACUGUAGCUGUCUUAUGUGACAAGUUAAGGGAACAGAUUUAAACGGUGAUAAUAUACUCAUAUAUGUUAAGUGAGCAAAAUGAGAUGACUGUGAUGUGGCCUGGGCUGAUUGCUAACUAUGUGUUCACAUAGGCAGAAAUGGUAGUGAUGUCCUCAUAUCAUGUUAACUUCAUUGAAACACAGGAUCUUAACAGUCAUCUGCUGUCUUGGAAUGACAUUAAGGUAGCAUCUGGUAACUUCAGAUCUGCAGUUGUUGAAAAUAUUUGUUCCAUGUUUAAUGCUACCCUUUGUAAUAUGUUAACCUUCUUAUAGGCAGUUGGACUAGAUGAUCAUUGUAGGUCCCUUCCAAUUAAAAUAAUCUCUUCCUCUUCCUCUUCCUCUCUUUUCUCUUUCUCUUUCUCUUUCUCUUUCUCUUUCUCUUUCUCUUUCUCUUUCUCUUUCUCUUUCUCUUUCUCUUUCUCUUUCUCUUUCUCUUUCUCUUUCUCUUUCUCUUUCUCUUUCUCUUUCUCUUUCUCUUUCUCUUUCUCUUUCUCUUUCUCUUCUCAUAUCUUGUCAGGCUUUUCUAAGGUGAUUGAUUUUACAUAUAAAUGAAUUGUAAAUAUUUUUUUCAUUAAUACACAAUGAGAGUAUUUACAGCAUGGAAAGCAAAUGAACUAGUCGAAAAGCUGUAAAUAGUUGCCAGCCUUGCAAGCUUCAGCUGGGAAAUACAAGGUUAGGAGCUAUACCUGAGACUCGAGAGAUCUGGACAUGCAGUGAAUGGGAUGGUUACUCACGUUGCACACAGCCCUGGAAAAGGCACUUUAUUUUUCUGCAGCUUCUUUGACAAGUCAGGCUACAGAGCACUUUCUGGACACAGUAUGGUCUGGCAAUGGGUAGUGAUCAGCAAGGAACACUAGGAGUUGGUGUGACAGUUUCAUUUUUCAUGGAAUCAGUGGUUUGAAAAAUGUCUAUUUUUCUGUUCAGCCAUUCAACACUGACUAAGCUCUAAAAUUGUUCACAUCAGUGGCAAACUUUGUGUGCCAGUAGACACAGACUGUAUAUUUUUAUCUAGACUAGUAUUAUCAUUUGCAUAUGGGCAUAUGCUUAAGAAAAUGUGCUAUUUGUAACUGUUUUCAAAGCCUAUGCUUUCGUGACAUACCAGGUAGGUAGAUGUGGUUUCUACAGCUAGUUGGUACUUCCUGAUCAAGAGCGGGCUGUUGUAGCUGCAUGGAAAGUGAGCUCGAAUGCAUGCUGUAAAGUGCAUCAUGGCAUAAAACACAGGUAUUAGCACUGUUCAAAAAAUUGGCUGGAAAAGUGUCCUUACUUUUCCAAUGGUAUUCAGCCAGUUGAAGAAAUAGGGCUAUAUCACUGUAUACCUCCCUUAAAUCCUCUCAGGGAGACAGGUGUUUAAAAUAGAUUGUGACCUAGGCCUAUUUGAUCUGACAUUUCUUAUGACAGUCAUGAUGCUUCUUAACGCUGGCGAUGAAAAGUGGAUUUGCCUGGCUUGUGGUUUUUGUCUUUAUUUGCACUUUAAUUAUAUUGCUGGCCCAGCCCAAAGCUGCACAAUAAAUUCCAUUCGUUCUGUCUGACUGUAGCUGCUAGCAUUUAUAAAUGUACCUUAGCAACUGUAAAUUUCACUAAGGUUCUUCACCACAAGGACCAUCUCUUUGUAAAUAACUGCAUGAGGAAACAUCAGAAAUACCGGAAAAUUCCUCAAUGAGAAAUGCAUAUAGCAACAGAAAAUGAAAUUCCAGAAAUAUUUUCAAUAGUUUUGGCUAAUGAUUGCUAUAGGAAGAAUAUGGAAAAUGUUACUUAUAGAAGAUUUUUGUUGUCAAAAAUGUGCUUGUUCUUUUUACUAAUGACUGACAAGAAGCUGAUAGCAUUCCAAUGCAUGAUAUUAAAAAACAGAAAAAGCAUGUUUUUGUUUGGACCACAAAACCAACUUAUUGUGUACUUUCUGUACAAAAGCAGUUACCAUACAUUUCAUGAAACACUUUGAAGUAAUGAAGAAAUGGGGGAAAAGUGGUCCAAAAAGUAAUUUCUUAACUUGGUUUUACUGUUUCUCUUUUAAAAAGGAAAUGUGUAACCACUGUCAAUGCCAGUUGGCAUCUCUGUUGUAUGCUGUUAACUGCUGCUUUAUCUGCCUGUACCCCAUUCCAUCAAACUUCCCUGGUGUUCUUAGGGUUACAGGGUACAAUUCUUCAUCUUACUCUUUUCACAGUUUGUUGUUUUGUACUUUAUGUGUGUAUAUCAGUUCGUCAGAGUUUCAAAACACCCAGUGCAUUUUGAUGCUUGCAAUGUGCAGGGGUGGUGUUGUGCUCGUGCUGCAGUAUUACAAAUGGACAGAGGAAGAUGAAGGAUUAAACAUGGGUUUUUUUCAAAGGUGCUGAGCAUCUAUAUAUUAAAAUCAGUAGACAAUGUGGUAGUUCAGCUCCUCUGGAAAAGCUUAUACUGUUUAUAUGCCAAAACUUACCUCCUGGGUCAGUGGCACAAUUUAGAUUAGAAUCACUAGAGUAACUAGAUACUUUAUUUGUGCUCAGAGCAACAAAAAAAAAGGUUAUGGUCACAGUAAUGUUUGAUUUGCUGAUGUCUAAUGUUAAUCUUUUUGUAUGGGGAUACCGUGCGUUCACUAAAAUAUAGGAGGUGACUGGUCAAAGAAGUGGGUGUGCAUCUUGUUAUCCACAACCCUAGCCAGUGUUGGAACCCUCACCACAGCUGGAAGCAGCUGUUUUGCAGAAAUCCUACGCAGCGAGUGCAGAGUUGUGUUCUGAACUUCAGGUGUGAGUGGCCAGAGUGCCUCUGCUGUGGUCCUGCUGCAGAGUUCGAGCCAUGGCAAUACUCAGUGGGCAGCAGCAACCUGCUAUACAUAGGGCUUUGCCUGUUACAUCUAUUUAACUAGUGAGUGAGGUCAUCUCCCUGCACAGGGAUUGUAGAGCUCCUUGCUACUGGCUUCUCUGUGCCACUCCACAACAGCCAUAUAAUAUAUAGAGAUAGAAAUCCCUGUCAUGAAACACCCACUAUUUGUCUCUGGUGUUUUAGGGAGGAUGUCUCCAAGUGAGGGCUUUGGAUCUUGCUGUCUUUUACGAUCUUGUCCAUUAUAGCUUUUACGCCGUGGAAACAGAGCAGACUUGCUUUUCUGCAGUCAGAGCUGAAAAAGCCGAGCUGAUUCAGGAUUUGCAAGGAAGAGAAGGGCUGAAGCGCCUGUUACUUGCCUUUCUUAGCUCCUCAGCCCUGCUGCGCUCGGAUGCAACAGCAGUUCUCACGUUGGGGAGGCUGCUCCCUUCAGCAGCCUCCGGACAAAAACCGCCUCAGGGUGUGCAGGCUGGCUGGCUGCGAUGGGGAUAGCUUAUUUCACCCGCUGCUUCAGCAGUGAAUGCGUUUGCCAGCGAAGUCCGAGGGGAAGUUUUGCAGUAAGUUUUUUAUUGCAUACGUAGCAGCCCGGAUUCAGCCUGUCGUUUUGUGGGAACCUGGGCGGCAGCACAGACACGUCCCCUUCCACGUGACAGAGAGCACUUGUCACACGCUGAUAUGGGGUUAGAGUUGCCUUCACCCCAGCCUUCACUCCCCACAUCCCUCUCCUCCCCACACCACAUUCACCAGUAUUGUUAGCGGACUGAGCCCCUGACGGGUCAUCGUGUGGAAGAAAAACCAGAUGUGUUGAAUGUACAGUGGCAGUAAGUGUAUGUUCUGUCCCUUUUGGCUAGUCCUGUAGUACAUGAACACAUAGCUUAAUAGCGACAGAUGAUACUGGGACUGACCACCCUUAUUUAAAAGUAAGGAAGAGGUGCCCAUCCUCUUUCUGCUUUCUUAGUUCUUAAUACUAAUUAUUUUUCUGUAGGAUAAAAAGGAACUUAACUAUUUAAAAUAUUUAUUAACUUUAACCAUGUUGAUUUUGAUUUCAGGACAUGUUCAUAUGAGAUCCCAAAUUUUCCUUCGUAAUCAUUAUUUAUUUUAAGGAGUUUACAAAAAUAUUGUUUUAUUUGUAUUGAUAUUCAGUCUUUCCUCAUUUCACUCUAAUCAGCAACAUCAAACUUAGAUAUAUGAUUUAAAAUUCUCACCAAUAGAGACAUUUUACCCAUUCAUAAUUGUUAUUCAUUAAGGGCAAAAUCCUUCAGACCUCAUUCUGAUAAUACCUUAGGCUUCACUGAGAGCUUUUCAUAAGUAAGUAUUUGGGGAUCUGGCUCUCAGCUAUUUGCCUGUUACAGUUUUUGCCUCCAAAGGUCAAAUGUCUCUGUGUAGGAUGCUUUCUGUCCAAUACGCUGCUCAACUAUGGUUGUUUUGUUGUACCUUUACUUUUGAAAUAGUCUCUGAAGUUCUGUUCUUUAGGAGAAUAGAUGUAUGUUUAUUUGACAGAUGUACUUAUACCUAACAUGUUACGUAGUGCACAAUCCAGAUGUUUUUGCAUGUAUUGUAACUUAACUUUUGACCUCGGGUUAUUGCUUUGUAUUGUUAGUAAGGCAUAUCAGGCAGGGUGUUGUGCCUAUAUGCCUAUUAAACAUCCUUUUUUUUCCUGA